UCUAAAACUGGGACACAUCAGACGCGCUUUGAGCCGACAACGUGGAUUGACUGCUCUUUCGUUUGCGAGCUUUGACCGCUACAGCAUUUGCGAGCUUUCAGAGGGUUUCGCCAUGACUGACUAUCUGAACGGAAAGGUGGCCCUGGUUACGGGUGGAGCUAUGGGUCUAGGAAAGGCAAUCACGGAUCGCCUUCUCCAUCAAGGCUGUCGGGUUGCCUUCAUCGAUUUAAAUGAAUCUGCUGGAAUGGCCACCGAGCGUGCCUUUAGAGCGACAUUUGGAGAGGACCAUGUCAUUUUUAUGAAAUGUGACAUAACCAAAGACGAAGCUUUCGAAGAUUGUUUUGUCCGAGUAAAGAAGAAAUUUGGACGACUGGACAUCGUGGUGAACAAUGCCGGUUUCGCCGGUGAGGAGAGUUGGAGAAGGAUAUUUGAGAUCAACACGAUGGCGGUAUAUUUCGGGACACUCCUGGCACUAAAAUAUAUGGGAAAAGACCGAGGCGGAGAAGGAGGCUACGUCAUCAACAUUGCAUCUAUUGCUGGCUUGAUCGUCUGCCCUCCCAUUCCAGCGUACAAUGCAUCGAAGUAUGGAGUCAUAGGACUCACGAGAGCAUUCGGAACCGAUCUGUACUACUCACGCACGGGGGUAAAGGUGAGCUGUCUGUGCCCGGAACCCAUUGAGACGGACUUGUGGCGUGGAAUAACGACCUUCUGCCAGGAGAUCGCCUUGAACACACCUUACAUCACGGAGAACUACAGCAGUGGCGUACAGAGGCCUGAGAACGUCGCCAAGGGAGUGAUUAAGCUCAUCCAAGACGGCAUCAACGGCGCUGCACUGCUUUCUCUUUACGAUGAAGGGCUGGUGUACCACGAAUUCUCAAGCGUCCGAUGAUCCUGUACAUAACUGCUCGCGACAGAGAUCGACAACUUGUAUAAACGCUUCCUUUUAACCACCUA